UAUACGAUCUUUGCUGUGGACACGGCUGCAGUGAAUGGUCGGCUCUGCCACGUUUGAAAGCGUAAGUGUACCAGCAUACGACUUGGCAGCAGAUGGUGUGUGGAGUGGUGGAGAGUAUUUCUACCAGUAUAUGAGGGGAAAACAGUAUUUUAAAGCAUUGCUGCUCUACUAGAGGUUUCUUUCUAUAUUUUGAAUUAAUCUGAGAUAUUAUUCAUUAUGAAUUUCUUUGCAAUAGUUAGUAUUUUGUGCUCGGUUUUCGUGACCGAAAUAUGUGGACUGUCGAUGAUGCUGCCGCCGAACGUCAAGAAAUGUUUGAAGGAAGAGAUCCAUAAAGAUGUAUUGGUCACUGGUGAAUACAAACUGAGCGAUGCUCCCGGACAUAAAACUUCUCUGCAUGUUGGUGAUUCUAAAGGCCACACUCUCUAUAGCAAGGAAGAUGCACAUGAAGGCAAAUUUGCUUUUACCACCGAUGAUUAUGAUAUGUUUGAAGUCUGCUUUGAAAGCAAAGUUUCUCGAGGGGUACGUGGAGCACAACGUGAAGUAAGUCUAGAUUUAAAGCAUGGAAUUGAAGCUAAAAGUUAUGAAGAUCUGGCUAAAGCUGAAAAACUGAAGCCAAUGGAAGUUGAAUUGCGACGUUUAGAGGAUCUUUCCGAAUCAAUUGUGAAUGACUUUGCUUACUUAAGGAAGAGAGAAGAGGAGAUGAGAGAUACAAAUGAAUCAACCAACACUCGUGUCCUGUAUUUUAGCAUCUUCUCUAUGGUGUGCUUAUUGAGUUUAGCCACAUGGCAAGUGUUCUACCUUCGCCGCUAUUUCAAGUCAAAGAAGCUGAUUGAGUGAAGAAUUAUAUCCCGGGUUACAUCCAGUACUGGCAUACACAAGAUUUUCACACCUAAACACUGAACCAUUUUCUCUGGUGAUUUCAAGUGAAAACAUCAAACCUCCCCCCCCCCUCCAGAAAAUAGUAUUUUACAUAUUGAUAUUAGUCAGUUAUUUGAUCAAAAAACCACAAAAAAAAGUAGAACUUGUCGCUUCUUUAAUAUCAAACUCCCUUUAAAAAUAGUAGCAUCAAGAGGCCACAUUGUGAUGGGGUUACAAAAAGAAAAGUGAGAGGCUUUUAACAUUUGGUUUGAACUAUGUGAUAACUGGUAGGGAAUAAGAAUGAAAUCCUAUUCAAGUCAGUAGUGGAAGCUUUUAUGCAGGAGUCCCAAGUUGGUUUAAAGAGCUAUCUUAUUGUAAUAAUAAUAAUAAUAAGAUUUAUUAGCCAUGGUUGGCUAACUUCAUGGUGAUAAUAUUGUAGUAAAAACAUGCACAAGUUUCCUGGCGAUACCUGUUUGCUCACACAAAUGCAAGAGACCGCGACAAUUUCCUGGGGACUCAAAGAAUAAUUCCGUCCCUGCUUAUCAGUAAUUGUCAUCGGAAGCAGGGUUGUGGCAAGAAAAUUUAGUUUGGCAUCUCCCCUUCCCUUCCCUUCCCUCUUCUCGCCUCGCCAUGCUUUACCUUCCCAUGUCUAGCAUAGUUAUAUAUAAAUUAUAAUGUAUUUCAUAAUUUACCACACCGUUCUGCAGCCUACGGGUCGCGACCCAAUGUUUGGGUCACGAAAGAGAUUUGAUGGGUCGCAUAAUCUAUUCAGAUAGUGAAAACUUUACAAUUUAAGUGCGACUUAUGCAUGCAUUAUCACAGUUUCAUAAUAAAAAUAUACUAUCAAAAUAUGUGUACUUCAGGUAUGAUAACUUUAAAGUGUGAUUUUAUUCAUUUCAAUAUGUUAGGCUUUCAGCUGCAAAUUAUGAGAAAAAGUUUUUUAAUUUAAUGUGUAUGUCUUCGCAUAACCCAUAAAUCUGCAGCACUAGGAGUUUAUAAUAAAAUGACUGUAGAUCAUUAAUUUUUCUUUUUUUAAUUAAAAAAUAUGAUAACUUGCGUGAUUUUGUUAAAAUGAAUGAGUAAUUCAAAGUUAUAUUUUCAUUUUUAUGGGUUGUACAUAGUGACUUCUGGGUGAUAAUAUCUUUUAAUCAAAUUCACAAAAUAAUCAAGUGGGUGGUUCUUCCCGCUAUUCCUCUGGUGUAUAAAACGACAGACGUGAUUUAUUGACUUUAGGUUUGAUGGGUCGCGCGCCUGAGUGCUUGACAUAAUUUGGGUCGUGCGCUAAAAAGGAUGCAGAACGGGGAUUUACCAAACUGAAUAAAAAAUUAAUAUUAUA